CUGCUGCACACGAUUAGUACCAAAGAAGAAGAACAGAAGGCCAGUACCUGCGGUUCCUGAGUUGAGCGCAAAUAAUAGAAGAAAGCAGCUCGGUGAGGAGGUUAAAUCAUGUCCGCUGACCCCAAGAUUGCGGAGCUGCUCACUGAGCUCCACCAGCUCAUCAAGCAGACACAGGAGGAGAGGUCACGCAGUGAACACAACCUGCUCAACAUCCAGAAAACGCACGAGAGGAUGCAGACUGAGAACAAGACUUCUCCGUACUACCGCACCAAGCUGAGGGGGCUCUACACCACGGCCAAGGCAGACGCUGAGGCGGAGUGCAGCAUUCUGCGUCACGCCCUCGAUAAGAUCGCAGAAAUCAAGUCUUUGCUGGAGGAGCGGCGGAUAGCUGCAAAGAUGGCGGGCGUUUACAGCGACAGUGACCCUCCCAGGAAGACGAUGAGGCGUGGCGUCCUCAUGACGCUCCUCCAGCAGUCGGCCAUGACACUUCCUCUGUGGAUCGGGAAGCCGGGGGAGAGCCCUCCUCCUCUGUGCGGGGCGACCCCUGCGAGCAGCGACUACGUAGCCAAACAGGGAGACAAGGUGGCGGCGAGGGUGAAGAGCGUGGAGGGCGAUGAGCAGUGGAUCCUGGCUGAGGUGGUCAGCUACAACCAUUCCACCAACAAGUACGAAGUGGACGACAUCGACGAGGAGGGCAAAGAGCGGCACAUGCUGAGCAGACGGCGGAUCAUCCCUCUGCCGCAGUGGAAAGCCAACCCGGAGACGGACCCUGAGGCGUUGUUCAGUAAGGACCAGCUGGUGCUGGCCCUUUACCCUCAGACCACCUGCUUCUACCGAGCGCUGAUCCACACGCCGCCGCACAGGCCUCAGGACGAUUACUCGGUGCUGUUUGAGGACACGUCGUACCCUGACGGUUACUCACCGCCGCUCAACGUGGCCCAGCGCUACGUGGUCGCCUGCAAAGAGAACAAGAAGAAGUGAGCGGCGGCGGCGGGACCAAACCUCCAUGUUUAUAAGAACACGUGUUCCUCAGUCUGAUGCUUGUAUCCCUGGGACUGAUGUUGUUUCUUGUCAGCUCUCAUCAGAGUGGGAUUUGUAUUGAUCAGCUGAUCAGAUGUUGAACAGCAGGAAGCACUCGAGGAAGAAGAAAAAAACAUUUUUUAAUUUAUUUUCAGGAAGUAAAAAAAACUCAUUCAUGUUUUAUUCAAACUGUUUUGUUUUUUUAUGUGUUCGUGUUUGUUGUUGUUUUAAAAAACUGUGCACAGGUUUGUGUCCACGUCUCUUCUCUUUGUGUAAAACUGAACAUGACUCCAAAGUACAGACGCAGGAAGUCGGUGAAACACACGACUCUCGUUUGAAACUAAAAGCUGUGACACGUGGAAACGUGAUCUGCACGAGGAGCAGAGGCAGGGUACAGGUCCUGGGGUCACCGUCCUCGGGUCAUGCUUGGACUUCCAGCUGUGUUUACUUGAAGGUUAAAAGAAAACCAGGUGCUUCAGUCAGAUUAAUACACGACAAUCAAUAGAAUCAGAAUAUUCGUCCGUAAGUAAAUUAUGUGGGUUACAGUUGCUCCAGGACAGCAACAGACUGAACUAUUUAAACCAUACAAUAUGUUCAGAGUUUACAAAUUUAACAGACAGAUGACGUAAAGCUUUAUUAGUCCCACACGUUGGUCACUGCCAAAAAUAUUGUGGCCAAGUUUAAGAGCAGCAAGAGUUCAGAAAAACAAUAAGUUAAAAAUAGAAUAACGUGCUACACAACAAGAGUAAAAUGCUUUGUCAUAGUAGGAAAAAUUGCAUCAGGGAGACAGUUACAACUGUGUGUGUCUGCACAGGUGUGGUCAUCUGCAGAGACUGACAGCAGCUGGAAGGAAAGACCUGUGAAAUCUCCGUCCCACAUCGUGGGUGCAGCAGCUGAAGGAGCUGCUCAGGGUGUAACUGUGCAUUAGUUGUACAGGGAGCCACAGGCAGGAAUGACUUCCUGUGUCAUUCAGUGGUGCAUUAUGGGUAAUCUCAGUCUCUCACUGAACGAGCUCCUGUGGCUAGCCAGCACGUCAUGGAGUGGGUGGGAGGUGUUAUCCAACAUUGUCUUUGUCUUAGACAGCACCAGCCUCUCCGACACCACCCUAAGGAAGUCCAGCUCCGUCCCCACAACAUUACUGGCCUUGAGGAUCAGUUUAUUCAGUCUGUGGGGGUCUGCAACCCUCAACCUGCUGCCCCAGCAUGCAGCAGCAUAGAGGAUUGCACUGACUGUAACAAAAAAUCCUGAGAAUUGUCAGACAGAUGUUAAAUGACCUCAGCCGCUUCAGAAAAUAGAGCCGAGUCUGGCCCUGCCUGUAAAGUGCAGUGGUGUUUUUAACCCAGUGUAGUGUGUAUGUGUACUCGGAGGUAUUUAUAGUCCUCCACAUGAAGAAAGGUCUUUUAAUGUGCUCGAGGAGCACGAGGAGCCCACGCACGUGCUCCUCUCUGUAUUUAUUUUAAUGAAGCAUCUGAAACAUCAUCACACAAACUGUCAGUGUGCAGUUUGGAGGACGACAAUCUCCAGCUUUGUUUUCAUUCACACUGAUCUCAGGAACGUAGUGUUUCCAUUUCGUAUAUUACCAGAUAUUAAUGAGAUUUUGUUGUAUUUGUUAUUUUUGUGAUAUUAAAAUAUUAUAUGAAUUUCUCUCAAAUUUGCAGCUUGUUUUAUAAGUUUGUCCAUGUUUAAAUGAAGUGUUUUUAAUUCUAGUAAAUUCACCU